AUGCUUGAUUUGAACUGCAUGUCAACACUCGUCCAACCCUGCGGCCCCUCCAACGUCGUCUGCGUAAACCACUUUGCCGCAGUCCUUCCCUACCACUUCUUCCGACCCGACUCCUUCAACGGCACUUCCAUCUCUUUCUCUGCCACCUCUGUUCCCAACGAUACUUCUUUUGGUCUGCUCAACACUUCUACCUUUGUCGUUUAUGAUCGAACUCAAGGUUUAGCUAUCCUCGGAGACUCUCCCACGUAUGAGAAGGUCUUUAAUGUCAGUGAUGCGGUUCAUGAGGCCCCGGUCUAUGUCCCUGGCUUGAAUAAAUUGUUUUUGAGUCAGUUGGCUCCUCCGGCGGGAUUCUUGCCUCAGUUGGUUGUGGAUUUGAAUCAAGAGCCUCCGACGUUGAGUGAGUUUUUGAGUGAUCCGCCGGUUUAUGCUCCUAAUGGGGGUACUUUUCAUGAAGGGUUGAUCUAUUGGGGUGCUUCGGGAGGUAACGAUUCCAUUGGAGGUACAGAGCAGAGAGCAGGUAUCAGGACAUUGGAUCCCUACACCAACAAAACGACAACAUUGUUGAAUAACUACUUCGGCUGGUACUUCAACACUGUCGACGAUCUGUUCGUGGACUCUCACGGUGAUGUCUGGUUUACUGAUCCCGAUUACUCAUGGUUCAACGCCCUGACCGACACACCCCCUCAACUCCGCGCCCAAAGCUACCGAUUCCGUCCUUCUACAGGCCAAGUCUGGGUCAUAGACGAUACACUGGGGCAACCCAACGGCAUCGCCAUCUCUCCCGACGGCAAAAACAUCUACAUCAGUGAUACUGCCUCUGUCAAUGGUGUCAUCUCCUCGGCUUAUCCGAAUAUCCAUGGCUCGGCUUGGAAUCAGACGGCCGCGCAUACGAUUUACAAGUAUGAUGUUUUGGAUGCGGACACGGCUCCUCAGCUUAUUAACAAGCGUCCGUUUUAUUAUUCGCAGGAGUGGGUGCCUGAUGGGUUGAAAGUUGCUGCUAAUGGCUUUGUUGUCACUGGAGCUGGCAAGGGUGUUGAUGUCUUGGACUUGACCGGAAGUUUGGUCUUAAGAGUGCAGACGGAUUAUGUGGUGCAGAAUUUUGCUUGGGUGGGUGAGAAUCUCACAGAAUUCUGGUUGAUGGGUCAGGGAGGCAUCUCGAGGGUUAGGUGGAACUUGCAGGGACAGGAUUUGACAAAGUAG